CUUUCUUUGGAGUUUGUGGAUUUGUCAACAUGGACCCACCGAUCCUCCCCGUGGCCCGGCUGGAAGUGGAUGUUGACCUUGGGUUUGCUCUCUUCUUCUUCUUCCUCCUGUGCUUCUUCUUGUUGGUGACCAUUAUCCGCUGUGCUCAGAUGGUGCUGGACCCGUACAGUGCUAUCUCUGUUACUACAUACCAGGAGGAGCAAAUGGAGGACUGAUGGAGACCAGAGACCUACGCAUCAUUAAA